CCUGACAGGCACCGUUCUGCUCCGUCAGAGGCAGAAGUAAAACCCAGCACAGGCUGCUCUCGCUGGGAUGGUGGCCUGGACAGCAGGUCCUGGCCUACCCUGGGCAGAGGGCACCACAGGGUGGGGAAGCGGGAGGCAGCGGGGGGUGCUCCCUGCAGCUGCCGCCUUUAAGGGGUCUCAGGUGCCUGUCAGGGACAGGAAGUGGCACGCUGGACCUCCUUGUGUGGGUGACAGAUCUACAGGAUGGGUUUUAGGCACCGGAUCACAGGGAUCUGAACGUGUGGCACACGUGUACUGGCAUCUGCGCCUCUGCUCCCCUGUCCUGGUGGCCCCGUCCACUGGCCCCCGACUGACUUCCCCUCGGAACUGAGGUCGAGAGGACACUCACCACGUCGGCCACGUGCUCGAUGAAGAUCUGGUUGCUGAAUUUUAUCCUGCUGACUACCUCUCCCGGAACGUCUGUCCGUAGGCGCUGCUGCUGCGCGAUGAGCUGCUGCAGGCGCAGGUUUGGGAAGACGUCUUCCGUGCAGAUGUACAUGGCCCCUGGGAAGGCAAAGGGCCCGCUGUGCCAACACUGCCCCUCGCUGCCAGGACGCCACCCCGUGGGCCUGCCCCAGCGGAGGGGAGCGGGGUCAUCAAGGCCUAGGCUGCUGGGAAUGGGCCUCCUGCAUGCGGGGACGUUCCCGCUGAGGCUUCAGGGAACGCAGGUUCCCGAGGUGCUCCUUUCAAGGCUCCCCCUGCCAUCCCUGGCUCCGAGGUGGUAACCAUGGGUUCCUGUGACUGGAGGAGCCGGUAAGCAAACAAUGGGCCACAUGUCCCUGGAAGCCUGAAUGCUGUGGGGCAGCAGCCUGGCCAGAGCCUGGGUCCCCGCGCCAGGGAAUGGGCCCGAGUCUGCAGCCAGAAAGAAGUGGAGACCCUCCGAGACAAACCCUAAUAUCUGUGGCAACUGGUUUUCAACCAAGGUGCCCGGACGACUCAGCGAGAGAAUGGCCUCCAGCAAAUGGCGCGGGGACAGCCAGGUCACCGCACACCGGCCCGUCCUCACAGGCCGCACACCUGACGCCAGAGCCGAUGCCCACAAGCUCCGGAGAAGACCUGGUAAACCUUCAUGCCCUCGGAUUCAGCACCAGAUUCUCGGAUGUGACAAACAGCACAAGCGAGCACAGGGAGAGAGAGAAGCUGGACUUGAUCAAAAUGGUACCAUUGAGAAAAUGAAGACCAUCCACAGGAGAGGAGACACUGUAAGUUCCGCAUCUGGCAAGAGCCUCGCACCCACGUUACAGAAGUUCUUACAGCUCAACCACAAACGAUGGCCCCGUCCGAACCCGGCAGAGGAGCUGAGCGGACGCGUCUCCGCAGGGGCCGUGCGGGUGCUCAGUGGGCUGCGAGGAGAUGCCCAACACCCUCUGUCGCCUGGAAGUGCAAAUCAAGCCCACGGUGGCACCGCCUCCCAUCCCCGAGGGUGGCUCCGGUCAAGUCGGGCGUCCAUGAGGAUGGUGUGUGUGUGUGUGUGUGCGCACGUGACCCGCGGUCCCGGGUGUGCAUGCGCUCCGAGAGCCUUGGACCCCCGUGCUCAGAGAGGGGCGAGCCAGCCAGACACCCGUGGACGGACGAAAGGGCGAGCAAACGGGCCCUGGACACACAUCAGAGAAGCGUCCAGCCGUGAGGAGGAGGGAAGGACGUCGCGGAUUCCAACAGUGAGCCUUGUGGGGAGGCCACAGCUCACUGUAGGGUUCCACUGGUUUGGCUGAAAUUGAACAAAGAAAUUCCAGGGCAAAGCUCAGACUACGGUACCGCGAGGCCACACGGCAACGACAACGGUGUUUGCAGGAACAGUCUUCCAACCGGAGCCCAGUCGGUCCACUCCCUGAAGCUGUGGGAGCCCCCGGCUGGAGUGUGAUGAGGACAGCGGGGAGGGAAGGGGCCUGGGGAGCCCCACCUCACAGCUGUAGCGGCAGGAGCCUGAGAGGAGGAGGGGCCUCCCCCAGGUGCCCAGAGCAGUGGCUGCCGCCCACUUCCACACCCCAGAAACAUCUGUCCAGAAAGGGGGUUUCUGUAGCCAGUCAGGCCUACACAGAAGGCAAACCUACAGGAUGAUCCCAGGGCAGAGUGAGGGCCAUGCAUGGGGGGGCAGUGCAGGAAGGCUGAGCCAGCUUCCAAACAUGUCCACUGUACCAGACCUCUGGGAUGUGGGGAUGGCAGGAUGGCCAGUGGGACAAACAACAAAGGUGAGUGAGCGGGCAAGGUGGGUAGGGAGGGUUACAGAGUCAAUGUGUCCAAAAGGCCUGGUAUCUGGGGAGAAGAGUGGAUAAAUUAAUUUUGGGCUUGGAUAAGUACAUCAGUUUCAAACUAGUAGAAAGAAAAAAUAUGCUAAAAAUCUAUCCAACCAAUCCAGAAGAAGCCGAAAAAGGACACCACCACAAAAAGAAACAGGAAGAAUAGCCGAGCAUAGUAAGGCUGAGUUAACACACGUAUCAGGAAUUACCUUAAAUACAUAUGUACUGAAUGUGCCAAUUAAGACAGAUGGACAGACUGGAUGAAAGGGAGAACAAAGGAAAACGACUUACGGGCUCUAGAAAAAACCAAGAGCCAAGGAUGAGGGAGCAGGACCCCAAGGCCCUGCCUUCAUGUAGGAUAUCACAUUGCAGCACUGGCCUCCACGUAGACUUAGGGUUCUACGUUAUGAGAUCAACGAGCAUCUGAAUAUUGAAGCUUCCCCAUCACGUGCCACAGGAGACAGGGGAGAGGGAAGGGAGUCCCAGAACGCCAGCUGGUGCAGGGUAGCUGGGGACAGACACACCAGGAGACAGAAUGGGUGAGCUGUCCAGCCCUUUGAGCAUUUAAACAAAAGGCACUGGUACUUGACGGACAUACUGGACAAUGUGGGAAAAGUCAGAUGUACACAGAAAACACAGCAUUUGAAAAAAGGAGGCAACUACCAACUCUGGGGGAAAAUAACAAAGAUGGUCCAAGGAAGGAAACCGUCUUAUCCUCCCAGUUCUGCAGCAGUCAUUACGUCCCCAGUCAAAACCCUAAUGGCCCAAACUGUGUUCCAACUGUGGGGGGAGGAAGUCGGGGUACAAGUCAGCCAGCCCUCAUCCCUGUAACACGCACUCUGAGUAGUUCCUGACACUAACAAACGGAACACAGCAACAUAAGCACAGUAUUCAGAAACCCAGAUACAAAAACACAAGAAAUUGAUAAAAGAUUCAUAAGGGGUUUAAGCAGUUCCAUUUCACUUUUUAGACAAUAAACGUGUAUUACCUUUGAUGAAAAUAAAAUUAACUUUAAAAAUGUCCUCAGUGAAACACACACAACUGAAAAACCUGCAGCACAUUCCAGCAUCAGUUACUGAUGAGGAUCGGUUUCCUGGGGCGGGGGCACUUGGACAGGACCCCGUUAACUUGUUCCACGCACACUGUGCAUAUGCACAUCUGUACGUUUCACAUAUCUACUUGACCCAAACGUCAGUAAGUAUACCUUUCUUAACUGCAGCAAUAAUCCUGGGAUUCAGGUCCAAUUGAUCCAAAUCCAUUUCUUCGACAGGCUGGCCACAAUGAUAGGUAACUUCCCAGGUACGCCAGUUCCAAUGUGCUGGCUGUCACCUCACACCGCCCAGGAGCUGAGCACAGCAGAGUGACAGUGGCCAGGGUAUGUGGUCCCCUCUGACACCAGGGUUCACCGUCGGCCCUGAGUUUGGAGAAGAGACUUCACUGUACCAGGAAAACAGGUCUAAGGCAGCACCUGGUUAGAGCAAGCAUUCGGGAAGUUAGAAACCGUGCAUUCGAUCCACAGAUGGAUGCGGUUAAAGAAAUGCCCCCAGGCCAGCUGCGUACUAAAGGUCCCUGCACACAGGGCGGACCCAUUCCAUCCCCUGCAGAAGGUGUCAGAAAGGAGCAGGUGCUCCCACCCUGAGGCCUGGCCCAGGGACCUGGUGUCCAGGUGAGCACCCUGCCUGGACCCCUCUCCAGUGGGGAGGACACAGACAGUUGGAGAUCACAGGCACUGGGCACAAAGUGCCUUCUGCAUUCUCUGCCUUACUCUCCCCUAAGUGUGUCUCCAUGGAGGAUCUGGAAAGCAUGGGAAGAGCGAGUUCCGAAUCUUGCAGGAUGCUUGCGAGUCGGAACCCCCAGGACCACCAAGCUGAGCAGUGGACAGUGGAGACUGUCCCGCCCUUGCCCUGCAGUCCCCGCCCCUCCCCUGGCCAGCAGUCCUUCCACGGCCCGGGCCCCAGAGGCUACGGAACUGGAGCCCGACCCAACCCUUGCUGGCGGCCCUGCUCAGCCCAGGGUCCCCCAGACGCAGGCCGCCCGCAUCAGCAAAGCUGAGUGCAGAGGGGUGUGCAGGAAGCCCAAGGCCAGCAGCCACUCGGGCUGAACCCAGCGUCGGUGUCCAGCAGCGAGGCCACCUCCCCUUGCAGUGCUUGGAGCGUUAUUCACAUGGACAACAUCAGUGUGAUUUUGGAGCUUCGAGAACCAGGUCACUUGCACUGUCACAUUCACAGGCCAGUCCAGGGAAACAUCUGGCAUGGAGAGGGCCGAAACGCCUGGAUCUGACAGUACUGGUCUGGGUGGCUGCAGAGCCUGCCGCCAGGCAUACCGCACCCCGUGAUCAUGACAGCGCUGCAGGGAGGGGCUUGUGCUGCAGGUCCCAUGUCUGCACUGCCGACCUGGGGAGGACACACACAGAGGUCCCCCCACCCCCACUCCCGAGGCCACCAGGACUGCAAGCUGGAGAAUGGUUGGGGUCUCCUUCAGAAAGAGGCACCUGAACAUGGGGCCCCAGGGCCAGCUAUACACGGGGAGAGGUGAUGGGGACUGUGACCACCUCCAAAGGUGCCCCAAGUGUCUGGAAGAUGCCGGCCAGGCUGGCGGUAGGUGUGUUAGAUUCCUGAAAACAGGACGCAAAUAAAGAAAAAGAACAUCUCUGGGGAAUGGAUAAGUUGUCAGAGGAGCGGCGCGCCUUCUCGGCUUGGCGGGGACAUCAGCUUUAAGAGCCCCAAGGACAAGAAUGGGAAGGGGUGACCCAGGGAGGCACCACCCCAAACCACCCCCAGGACAACACAACACCUGGACUAAAUAACAAGCUGUUGUUUCCAACUUCUGGAGAAAGUGUGUGUGUGUCCUUCCCCUAGACUGAAAGCCCCAGGGAGGCACCACGGGGCCCAGAGGAUGGAGGGGA